CGUGCCAUUCAAUUCCAAAUUACAUUUCCUUUCAAAUAACUUUUGCCUCCAAUAAAUGGAACCACCGCCAUCGCUAAAACCGCCGUGCCAUCAGCCACUCACGGCAGCUCUACCGACGCUAACUGAGCUCUCAACAAAUCAGAUAGAAUUUCUGAACAAGCAAUUAAACACUCGUAAAGAUCUCAUCACAAAAGCUCCGCUUCUCCUAACAGACUUAACAAAAAGCUACUCCGAUUCACACUCCGAUCACAUAAACUUCCAAAGAAACCUCGCAAAACGCAUCGUUUCAUGGAUUUCUCACUCUUUCGAAGCGAAAUCAUCGGUUACUGAUCUUAAUUAUAUGCUGGAGAAUCUCAGUCUCCGUACUUCUCCGUAUGGAUUUUGCUCGAGGAAAAUGAAGAGAUUUGUGAAUGAGGAGAUGCCUCAAAUUGUCAAAUGCUUGAAGAGAAUUGAAAGUAUUGGUAAAUAUGUUGAUAUUGCUUUACGGUUGGAAGCUUUGGUUGGAGAUCUUGAGGAUGCAGUUUACUCUACUGGAGACUUACAUGCUCGGAAUAUGUUUUCAGCAAAGCAUUUGACUUCACUGAUUUCAACUGACUUUGGGCUAAAGCAAGAAAGACUUGUCAGAGCCAUACAAGUUAUGAAUAAUAUUGAGGACAUUUUGGUUGAUGUUGCAAAAUUUCAUCCUCAAUGGUCUCAUCUUUUGCAAUCUAUUGAUGUCAGAGUAGAUAAAUCUCUAGUGGUUGUUCGCCCACAAAUUCUUGCUGAUUAUCGAGCUCUUCUUGCUUCUUUAGGAUGGCCACCUAAACUUUUGACAUCAAAAGUCGAUAGUGGAGAAAUUACUAGCCUUCCUAAUCCACUUGUUUUGAUGGAAGGAAACAAACGAAAGAAAUUUUCGGAGAGUUUUCUAGAUGUUUGUGCUUUGGAGCAUCUGCAAACACGAAGGCAAAAUCGACAGUGUAACAUGUUUGGACAGAACGAAUGCACCACGAGGCUUUGGGCUAUCGAUGAACUGGUUUCGCCUUUUGCAUCACGAUUAGAAUACCAUUUCUCUAAAUGGGUUGAACAGCCUGAGUUCAUUUUUGCUCUUGUAUAUAAGAUUACUAAAGACUUUAUUGUCGGAGUGGAUGACGUUUUGCAGCCUUUGAUCGACAGAGCAAGGUUGGCGAGUUACAGUGCUAGAGAAGCAUGGGUUUCAGCAAUGGUCCAAAUGCUUUCUGGAUUUUUAUCAAAAUCUGUCGUCUCUGUUCUUGUUGAAAGGUACAAGAAUAAAGAUAUGUAUGUUGAAGUUGCUUCUUCAUGGCUUUAUUUAAUGGAUCACAUUGUUGUUUUUGAUAAACGGAUGCAAUCACUUGUAAGUUCAGAAAUUAAUUUUUUCUUGAAGUCUGAAGGGCAUAAUGAGCCUUCCAUUGGAGUUUCAGUAUUAACGAUGUUCUGUGGUAGGCCAGAUUGGCUCAAAAUAUGGGCGAAAAUAGAACUCAAAGAUGCUAUCAAGAAAUUGAAGCUUGAUCUAAAAGAUGAGAGAGCUUGGUCACUAGAUAAGGAAUCUGGUGUUAAUUUCCAACACAGUGCUAUAGAUUAUAAAGCUCCGUUAGUAGCAAAAUCCGCCAUUAAAAUAGCGUGGGAAAUGAUUGAGCGAUGCCAAAGUCUGCCUGAUAUUUUACUACGUGUUCGUUUUAUCAAAUCAACUACCGGAAAAUUCCUCUGGUAUCUUCUUAAUGUAUUGGUUUUGAGAUGCAAGAAUACCGAAUUUCCCCUGGAUUAUGCGGACAAUGUCUUGAUCAAAGUCUGUGGAUCAAUUAAUGCUGCCAGAUAUAUUGCGUCUAAGCUACAAGAAUGGAGUGAUGAUGUAAACUUUUUAGAGAUGACAGUCGCGGAAAAGAAGUUAGAUGUGAACAGAAAUGACAACUCUGCCGAUGAUAAUAUGUUCUUCGCGGAAGAAGUUAAAUGUCUAACGGAGCUCGAAACUAACUGGCUCAUGGAUAUUAUCACUGCUCUUCUUCAUCAUUUCGAAGCACUUUCCUGGGAAUAUCUGCAGCACACGCAACAUUUCGAGCAUGGGCGAGAAAAUUUCACUUCAGCAGCGAUAUCUGUAUCUUCUGAUAUUGUCGAAGCAUUGGAUACUCUCAAAACCGAGCUGAACACUCUCAUGUCUUGUCUCAAUCCACAAGACUUCCUGGAUUUGUGGAGAAGUGUUGCUAAUGGGCUAGAUCAUUUUAUAUCGAGCAGCAUUGCCACGAGUGAUGUUCGUUAUUCUCGGAAGGGUAUUGAUCAAUUUGAAGCUGAUAUGCAAGCUCUGUUGUUUGUUUUUCGACCAUUUUGUGCUCGGCCUGAAGCAUUUUUCCCUUGUAUAAAAGAGGCUCUUAGGUUGUUGAAGAUGAGUAGGGAAGAAAUAAACCAUUUUCAGGUAAUUUCUUCCAAUGUACUGAAUCGAACAAAAAUUUUGAGUUCUGUUGGAAUCUUACACUUAACUUAUGAUCUGGUUGAUAAAAUUUUGAUGAAGUCAGAGUUCAAAUCUUGAUCUUAA